CGGUAUAUAAGGACUCGAUCUUGCAAAUCGGUAUCCAGUUAACUUUUAUCGCUUGUGUCUAUCGAUCUUGUGUCUAUAUUUUGUUCCGCUAUUUUAUUAGUUGAAUAAAAAUGAGAGCUUUUGUAUUGUUGCUUGUAAUUGCUUGUGCUUAUGCACAAGAAGGAGAACCAGAAGCGAAAGCAGCAUUAGUACCUCAGCAAAUCCCAAAAACAUGUUUCGGCUGCAUGUGUGAAGCUGCGUCGGAGUGCGAUACCAAAACUGGAUGUUUGGGUGACGUUUGUGGGCCAUUCCGGAUCACCUGGGGUUAUUGGGCAGAUGGAGGCAAACCUACGCUCAACAAUGAGUCACCAAACGCUGAAGGAGCCUGGACUCGUUGCGUAAAUGAUCCCUUCUGUGCCGCGAAUGCCGUUCAAGGAUACAUGGACCGUUUCGCUCAGGAUUGCAACGGAGAUGGUGUGAUAAACUGUGACGACUACGCGAGGAUCCACUACCUUGGUGGGUACGGAUGCAGCGGUCCAUUGCCUCCCAAAUACGAAAACGCCUACAAAACUUGCAUGUCAACAUUCAGUGGAUAAAAAAUUUUUUAUAAAUUUAAAUCGCUUAUUUUUAAUUAGUUUUUUUUUUUAAUUUAAAAACUUGAACAAAUUUUGAUAAUUAAUUUUUGUAUUUUGUAUUUAUGUGAUGACUGAUGCGGUAAAAUUGAGCUAAUAAAUUAUAUGAGACUUUA